ACCUACAAGCGUUGUUUAGUUCCUUUACUGAUUGAUCUAGACACGCCAAAUUUUGCAAAAAGACAGUAGGAUAAUGGAGGGGAAAGCAGUGAAACCUUCAAGAUUCAAAAGUGUUUGUGUGUUUUGUGGUAGCAGUACUGGGAAAAGAAACUGCUACAGAGAUGCUGCCAUUGAACUAGCCCAAGAGCUGGUGGCGAAAAGGUUGGAUCUUGUGUAUGGAGGUGGAAGCAUUGGACUAAUGGGUUUGGUUUCUCAAGCAGUUCAUAGAGGUGGAUGCAAUGUUCUUGGGAUCAUACCAAGGACUUUGAUGAGUAAAGAGAUCACAGGAGAAACAGUUGGAGAGGUUAAACCAGUAGCCGACAUGCACCAAAGAAAGGCAGAAAUGGCCCGCAAUUCUGAUUGUUUUAUAGCCCUACCAGGUGGCUAUGGCACUCUGGAGGAAUUAUUAGAAGUGAUUACUUGGGCUCAGUUAGGCAUCCAUGACAAACCUGUGGGUUUGCUUAACGUUGAUGGUUACUACAAUUAUCUUCUGACUUUCAUUGACAAAGCCGUGGAUGAUGGCUUUAUCAAGCCUUCCCAACGAAACAUCAUUGUCUCUGCACCAAGUGCCAAAGAACUCGUUCAAAAACUUGAGGAGUACGUGCCUGUGCAUGAUGGAGUUAUAGCCAAGGCUAGCUGGGAGAUUGAGCAGCAGCAAUCACCACAGCAACACCAACAACAGGUGGGGUUCAAUACUACAACUUUGCAGACUGAAGUCGCUCUAUAAAGGAGUGUUUUAAGCUUUCUUUCUUUGCUUUGUAGUCUUGAUUUUGGGUCAUAUACCAACCGUUCCAUAAUGGUUUGGUACGCGGUAUAAAUGACUUGGGUGAUAAAGGAAUGGCAAAAGUGGGGGUCUUUUGUGUAUUUUAGCAGGCACUUUAUCAAAAGGAGGCAGUCUAAUUUAACUUUGGGUAUUAAGAUUGUAGUGGGAGCAUCCUGUAUCUUGAAUUAUGUACAAAGGAUUAUAUCUAUAUAGAAACAAGAAGCAAAAAUUCAAAAAAAAAAAAACUGCAGCUUUAUUCU